AUGAGCUCCUCGCUUGAGGCCAAAAUAGUUGUGCUCGGCGCUCAAGAAAAUCUCACUCAUUCUCCUCCCCCCACGUUCCGUCUUUCAGGCGUCGGCAAAACUUCCCUCGUCCAACGCUACGUCCGCAACAACUUCAACCCCGCCACUACCACCUCCACCGUUGGUGCAUCCUUCGUCACCAAGCGCGUCCUCGACACGACCUCCGAUACUAUCGUGCGCCUGCAGAUCUGGGACACCGCCGGCCAGGAGCGCUUCCGCUCCAUCUCCCGCCUCUACUAUCGCGGCGCACACGCCUGUCUCCUCUGCUAUGACAUCACCGACGAAAGUAGCUUUCAAGAAAUGGCCGGUUGGCUGCGCGAAUUACGACGGAAUAUCGGCAACGGCGACGACGGAGAUCUCGACCCCUUAGUCAUUCACGUUGUGGGCACCAAGAGCGAUAUCGUCGCGGAUGACCCCGCGAUGCGUCGAGUCCCCUUUGAGCGCACCAUCGCCUACGUCGCCGAACAACUCUAUCCCAGCCGCGCCUCGACACCUCCCCCGACAGCCGGGAUCAGUAUGGGACUGGGAUUUGCAGCAGGUAUGUUUGGCAGCAGCAGUAGUGCUGGUGUGACUGCUGGCGGGGGCAUGAGUAGUGCUGCAGGCAGUCUCCCCACGACGAGUCCGGCCGCGCUCCAGAGCCCCGACAGCAAGCGCAGUUCCGCAUUCUGGGGCCAGGAAAUUGGAUGGGACUGCUGCCAUGAGAUCAGCGCCAAGGAUGGCGAAGGGAUUGAUGAAGUCUUUCGAGUGAUUACGCGGAAACUUGUCGAGCAGCGAAAUCGUCGAGACGCCGAGUCCGCGUUGUCCGCCGUGGGUACACCGGGCAUUGAUGUCCCCAUUGGACCUUUUACCCCGGGGAUGGAUCGGGCGAACGGAAGUUUCCGCCUCGGCCAUGGGGAUAAACGACGCAGUUGGUUGGGAUUGUCGUCGCCCGCCGUGGGUGAGGCCGAAGAGGUCCAAGUGAUGGACGCGGCGAAGCAACGUGGGAGAUGUUGUUAA